AAAAUAGUGCAGAAGGUGACGCUCCUCCAAAGGAACAGAGAGAGGCACAAGAGAGGGAAAGGCAAAGAGAGCGAGGUGUCUACAGGCUGCAUCUCCACUGAAACAUUUGGAUGGGGGAGACAGAGGAAGAGCUGAAUGGUAGCUACACCCUGCGCCUGGAAGCGUAGAGACACUGUAACAAAGGCUGGCAAUUAUUUUUGUUUUUGGCAAUAACAAAGGUGGGAAAGGGGCUCUGAAAUCGAGGGGAAAUAGCCAAAAGACAGAUUUUUGUUUUUCAGGGGGACUUCUGCUUCAUUUCAUCCGAAAGACUCAUCCCGUGCCAUCAUCAGCAUGACCAUAAGCUCUAAGUAACAUUCGGCAAUAACGCUAUCAAAACAAGAUUUCCAGCAACAGUCGCGCGCAAUCCUAUUUCUGAUUUAUUAUAAUCGCGUGGAGGAAAAAACCCUCCACAAAAAACAGAAAAAAAACCCAAACAAACCCCCAAAAACAGAUCAGCUGAAUGCCUGCGAGAAACUGGAUACUCUGUGAAAUCGUAAGAAAGAGCAAUCUAACAAAGAAAACUACAUUUUGAUUGAUCUUUUUAAAGCUUGAUGUGCGUGUUUCUGCGCGCACUCGAAUCGAACCAGAACCAAAAGCAAACUCCUCAGACUCCUCCCUCCUCCUCCUCCCUUCGGUUUCUCUCAUCCUCUCCCUCCCCCCGGUCCUCUAUGCUCAGUUCGGUGUGUGUAUCCUCUUUUAAAGGGCGCAAGGGUGGGAACAAGUCGUCCAACAAAGCAUGUUACAGCGCAGACAUGACUUGUCCGUCGGAAAGCGAGAAAAUCGUGAUAAACUGCGGGGGGGUGCGGCAUGAGACCUACCGGAGCACCCUAAAAACGUUGCCCGGUACCCGCUUGUCGUGGCUCACCGAGCCGGACGCGUUCAGCAACUUCGACUACGACCCCAAAUUAGACGAGUUCUUCUUCGACCGCCACCCGUCGGUGUUUUCCUUCAUCCUCAACUAUUACCGCACCGGGAAGUUGCACUGUCCCAACGAUGUGUGCGGUCCCCUGUUCGAAGAGGAGCUGGCCUUCUGGGGCAUCGAUGAGACGGACGUGGAGGCUUGUUGCUGGAUGAAUUACCGGCAGCAUCGGGAUGCGGAGGAGGCGCUGGAUAGCUUCGAGACUCCAGAACCGGACGCGCCAGACGACGACCCGGCGCUGGGUGGUGCGGAUGGGGACUUGAAAAGACUGUGCAUGCAAGAGGACGCGAGGAAAGCGGGCUGGUGGAAAACCUGGCAACCCAGAAUAUGGGCACUCUUUGAAGACCCCUAUUCCUCCAAAUAUGCCCGGUAUGUGGCUUUUAUCUCCCUAUUCUUCAUCCUCAUCUCCAUAUCCACGUUCUGCAUGGAGACGCACGAGGCCUUCAACACCAUCCUCAACAAGACAGAGAACGUCACAGUGGGCAACAUGACUCGUGAGGAGAUCGUUUAUGAGGUGGUGACUGACAGCUGGCUGACAUAUGUGGAAGGUGUGUGUGUCAUUUGGUUCACCAUUGAGGUCCUGCUUCGAGUCACCUUCUGCCCUGACAAGUUUGAAUUCUUCAAAAGCACCCUCAACAUCAUCGAUUUUGUUGCCAUCCUGCCCUUCUAUCUGGAGGUUGGUCUGAGUGGGCUGUCCUCCAAAGCUGCCAAGGAUGUCCUGGGGUUCCUGCGUGUUGUCCGAUUUGUUCGUAUCCUCCGAAUCUUCAAGCUGACUCGCCACUUCGUAGGUCUCCGUGUCCUUGGCCACACCCUGCGUGCCAGUACCAAUGAAUUCCUCCUGCUCAUCAUCUUCUUAGCUCUUGGUGUCCUCAUCUUUGCCACUAUGAUCUACUAUGCUGAACGAAUUGGUGCAGACCCAGAUGACCCAACAGCCAGUGCCCAUACCAACUUCAAGAACAUCCCCAUUGGAUUUUGGUGGGCGGUUGUGACCAUGACCACGCUGGGUUAUGGAGAUAUGUACCCGGAGACAUGGUCAGGGAUGCUGGUGGGUGCGCUGUGUGCCUUGGCUGGUGUGCUAACCAUUGCUAUGCCUGUACCUGUCAUUGUCAACAACUUCGGCAUGUACUACUCUCUGGCUAUGGCCAAACAAAAGCUUCCCAAAAAGAAGAACAAACAUAUCCCCCGAGCGCCACAACCAGGGUCCCCCAACUACUGCAAGCCAGAUGCCUUGGCGAUGGCUACUGCAUCACCACAAAGAAUCUUGGGAAAUGUCUUAGGAGGAGUGAUGGGGUCUGGAGGAAUAGGAGGUGACUGUCCUCUUGCCCAAGAAGAAAUUAUAGAGAUCAACAGAGAUUCUAAGCAGAAUGGUGACGCAGCCUCAGCCGCCUUGGCUAAUGAGGACUGCCCCACCAUCGACCAGGUGCUGAGCCCGGAUGAGAGGAGUCCUAUUGGGCGAGGCCCCACUCGGGAACGCUACCAGCAGGACAGAGCCUGCUUCCUUCUUAAUACCAGGGAAUUCCGUGCCACAGAUGGGAAUGUGCGGAAAGAGGCAGCAGCCCUGGCACCCAGCCCAGACUCCCCUCUGACUGAGGAUUGGUAUAAGAUGGAGGGGUCUCUGUUACAGCAGGACCUCAAUGCAAACUCCACAUCUUCCUGGAUCAAACCAUAGACCAGAGCAACCGGCUAUGAAAAAUCUCGCAGUCUUAAUAACAUAUCGGGAAUGACUGGGUCAGCACUGCGACUCGCUCCUAUUACUAGCCCGCCUUUUGAGACCUAUGAGGCUCCAGGACCUCUGCGGCGCUGUCGUUCCCCCAUCCCCUCCAUUUUGUAGCAGAAAUUGUGUUAAUGAUUGGCUGAUAAGAGAUGCAGCAGAUUAGCCAUGGACCAAUUACGUUGAAGCCUCCAUUUGCAUUGUACGCCAUGCAAAUACAAUAGCAAUAACAUACAAUGAACUCGAAUGUAGAAAGAAUGAGAUCUUGUCUUGUGAAUCAAAUGGUUUAUGAAGCAUGUUAGGUGGAGUUAAAUGCAAAAUUUAGCUUUAAAGAUAAGUGGUUAUUUAAAUAAUUACAAGUAAUGUAAAACUGAUUGGGGCUGCUUAGUGAAUAAAAUAGUGCCAUGCAUCAAGAAGGUGUUAUAAAAAUGUGCUCAGUUACAUUUUCAGAUGAAUAUUUUUGCGAAUUCUGGACCAAACUAACUUAGACUCCUAACACUCAUACAGUGAAAUAAUCAUGGAGCAAGAUACAUGAUAUGAACAAAAUUACUGAGCCACAUCUCUUAAUCUUUGAAUUCAGGUGUUUCACGUGUGCCAUUGCCACAGCUGGAUAAAAUCCUUCACAUUUUUUAAACAGUUUUUAAGACAUUUUGCCUCUCAUUCAACAGACUUUUUCCACUUCUAAAAAAUGUAAUUGGAUGCCACCAUUGCAAUAAGUCAGUCAGUGAAAGGUCUUCCCUCCAAGAUAGUCCAUAAUCAACUGUAAGUUGUUUUGUUGUAAUGUGGCCACAAAGCAGGGUCACACAUAAAGGUCAAUAACCUCCACAGCUCCUCUGGUAUUAACAUCAGGACAAAAAUGGUCAAGUCAUAGUCAAGCAGCUCCAGUAAGUGUUAUACGUAAGUGGCUUAGUACUUUUGUCCAUAUUGUGUAAUUUAGUUUAUUUAGCCAAAGACAAAGAAAAAUAUAUAGAUAAUAUAAUAAAUAUAUAGCGAGUGAACACAGCGCCGCGUAAGCAUUCCACAAUGUUGAAAAAAAAAACUUAUCCUAUGUAAGUCUCAAUUAACACUCAAUUCAUUUUCAUUAUUGUGACGUCAUUGGGCACUUUAUGCUGAUAGUUUACACAGCAAAGUUAGGGGAUGUCAACAAAAUCAGAAACAAAUGAAAGUAAUACGUGUUUUAUUGUACCAAAAGAGCUAUCUAAUUCUGAGGGUGAACAUGUCUCUUGAAAAUAAUAGUUCUUAUAUUGUAUUGCUGUUAGGAGCCAAUACAUACGAUCAUUGUCUCGUUGUCUAAUCCUUUGUUAGAUGCUUGCACAUUCACUUGAUCCACUUGCUACUGUUGUUAUUCUAGAUGUCUAAUAUAGAUAAGCCAAUACUCAUUAACAAAGAAAAGUAUUGUUUCAUUAGACACUUUAACUGAUUUGAAAAAAAAAUUAAGGCUUAUGAUUAACUUAAGAAAAAAUAGCUUAAAAAAUCAGAUUUUAUUGCUUUCCAUAUUUACUUCCCUGUAACGCUAAUUUAUUUCCCCAAUUAUUAUAUUGUUCCACUGGAUUAUUUUGCAUUGCGUUGUAAUAUUCCUUCAAAUGCACUAUCAUAUAAUCGCCACAUAACAGCAAAAUCUAAACCUUAAAUCUACCCACAUGUCAGCCAAAUCUUUAUACCAGUAAGGCAGACAUUCACAAGGUCUUUUUUAAAGCUUUUUGAUAACAAAUUAUAGUGAAGGGUGAUAUGUGAGAAAUUUUACCAUUCAAAUAUCUACAUAUAAGUGGGACUGCUUGGCUCAACGCAUGCUAACUGGUUAUUCUGAAAUGGCCUUUGGCAAAGGAGCAAAAUCUUCUGUUUUAUGGUAGCAAAUGACUGAGUUGGCCUUUGAAGUAUAAUCAGGACAGUGAUAUAAAUGAAAUAUGCACUUGUAGGUCUAAAACGUUUUAUAGAAAUUUAAAUGCAAAGUAUUUAUAAACAAGAAGAUUAGAACAAAUGUACAAUGUCAGAUAUGGAUUACUACUUAAUUAACUAUACAGUCAAAUCAAAUGCAAGCACUUUACUAACAAUCAUUGUUAAUUUGCUCACUCUUGAAGCUUGUGUCUCGGCAUCAGAAACAGAUAAUAUUACAAAACAAGUAUACAAUGAAAACCUUGGACCACCUAAUCAAACUUGCCUCUUCCUUUUUUCUAAAUCUAAUUAAUUUCUUCCUCACCAUUUAUGCUUUGAAGGGUUUUUUGACAUUUUCUUUAAUAAUUUCAAAUAAACCAUCAUGUUUAGGUGGGCUGUCGCUAUAAUUUUACCUUCAGCAAUCUCAAUCAAAAGCAAAAAAGACAAAACAAAAAAAACGAUUUAAAAAUAGUGACACAUUCACGAAUGCAAUAAACAUGCAACAUUACGUUAAUGCUGGAAAACAUGCUGUGCACAUACAUAUGUAAAUACACAGAUAUAUUUUUAAUCUAAAACACGCACAGACUUAGCAGGCAAUCUCCUCAUUAUCAUUGAUUUAGCUAUACCAGCUGUAAAUGUACAAACGUUAUUCAGAUGACACGAGCCAUUUUUCUUGUUUUAUUUCAAGCCAGUAUAUAGACUUUUUGAUGUCCAGGCUGUCAUUUUAAAUCGCUUUAGUUUUUUAAUGAUUUUGUAUUUUUUUCAUGAAUACUGUGUAUUUCAUGGCAAGAAAUGACAUUUUAAUGCCACUGGUUGUCUAAAAUAACUAUUAAAAUAAUACAAUGUUGUAAAUUGUUCAUAGGAUUCUUAACCAACAGGAACAUAGACUGAAGAGAGCAAAAAAUAAAAAAUCAAAAUGCUUCAGAACUAGUUUUUACAGACAAUUGUAAAAGGAAAGUAUUUCCAUACUUGUUUUGAAGUCUUACUAUCCACAUGCUUCCAGACCCCUUAUAUUUGUGAACCUAGAUAUGCAGCGUUUACAUGAAAGCUGUGACAUCACUUGAAUGUUUUCCUUGAAUGAUGUUUUAGUGUCUGCGUUAGGAUAGAUUUUGACAUUCAGGCACUGUAAGAAGUAAUGCUUGCCUGGCUUCAUCCGUUGCUGGUUUUGAAGGCCAUCGCAUAUAUUUUCAGACCAAAGUAGCGUUAGGUUGAUUCACUUCAUGAUUAUGAUGUCAGAAAAUUACAACAUUUUAGUGUUGUCUGAAAAUAUCCGAAACCGCAUGCCGAGAUUUAGUUCUCCUGUGAAUGAAAGCAUUUUUGAUAGAUACUUGAUGUAAAAUGUCAAACUGGACUUGUACAGUUAAGAUAGGAAAACUCUGGGAUAGGUUUUUCAAUUAAUUUAUCCUACAGAGAAGUCUUUUGUGAAGUGAAAUGAAUCACUGAUUGGUCUAGAUCACAUGCUCAAAGAUGUUCUUAGUCCACACAAGCAAAUCUUUUGGACUAUAAGGUUUGCUCACAUCGCUUCUCAGUGCUCGUUAAACCUUUUUUGUGCCCACUUACUGUACUGUAUUAUCAUAGAAUGUCUACGCAAUCUAUAAAAUCCCCAUUGUGGAUGUUAUAGUUUGCAGAUGCUUUGACUUCGGAUGUUAUGCAACUUUGUGUAGAAUGUAAAUUUGUGUUACAGUAAAAGAACAUGUCCAUCCAUCAUUUACAAUGUCUGCAGGGGAUUGUUUUGCUUGAAUGCUUUAACUGAUUAACAGCGAAUGAGGGGAGUACCACACCUCACACAACCUUAUCCUAACAUUAACACUACAAGAGUACUGCAUUUGUUUAUAUUCAGUUUGUAUUGCCUCUGAAUCGACUGACUAUAUGUUUAGUAAAAAGAGAAACGAGUAGUUGUGGCAAAUGCAAAUAACCUAGAAUCCUCCAAAGCACCCAUUGUUUAAGUAAACGAAACAGGCAGUAUGUUGUAAGUGCCUCUAUGAGGCCCAUGUAGGCUUAACUUAAAGUUAGAUUUAACUAGCUAGACCUUUGAUGUAAUGCUCAAUAGGUCAGUGGUUUUUACUAAAUAUGUACAUAUCUGUAUCUACAUAUACAUUAAAGCCAAAACCUAUGUAUGUAUACCAUAUGAGGGGAGGGCAAGAAAUUCCAUAACCACUGAUUCUGAUCUCAUAUGCAUGUAAAGUGAUGUUUGGCUUUCCCUAAAAAUCCUAAAAGUCCCAUGCACAAACUUGGUUUCCAGUUAUAAAUACAUACUUUUGAGGUAUGUUUGCAUUUUUUUUAUUAUCUUUUUCUUUACUGUUAUCACAUGAUUAGGGUUUUUUUUUUUAAAAUCUAUGUAAUUAUCCAGUGACCUGUAAUGAUGGCAUGAAAGAAGGUUCAGAGUGUAAGUUCGGUAUUUGCUUUGAUAAGAACUGAUUUGAGUACAUGUGCUUUAUGUUAAUCGAUAUAAACGUACAAUGAGUAUGAAUAUUUCAGUGAUCACGACUAAUGUAUCAAAAAACGUUUGAUAAAUGUGCAGCUUUGUGGGAAAAUAUGCAGGACUGUAUUGUAAAAACCUUCUAGAAAGGAAGAGAAUGAAGCUGAACUUUGUGCUUUGAGAAGGGUGGAAGUGAAACUGUGAAUUCAGUUAAACGCCUGUGUGUGUCACUAUUGUGCAUAACAAGAUAGUUAGACUAACUUGUAGUGGCCAUUAAGAGGAUGAUGAGUGAAUAAAAUCUCAAAGUCUUGGACAUAGCAGAAUAAAACAAACAAUGUCAAUCCCCAACAGCGGAAAAAUUAGUUAAACUGUUCCUCGAAUUUGCCCUAGGGAUCAGAUUUAUAACUAAUAUAUAAUAUAACUAGUGGUGUAUGCAUUAAAAUAAUGCAUACACCACCCUUUAAACAAAUCAGGCAGUAAUAUUUACAUUUGUAAAGUGCUGGAGCAAUAUAAGAACAUAGGAAUAAUGUCAAAGACACCUGUAUUUGCUAUUUGUGUAAUGUUAAAGAUAUUUCUUGUUGUUCUUUUUUACUUAUGCUCUGUUUAUAGCUUCGUAGCUAUGUUGUGUGGAAAUGAGUGAAUAAGACAAAGGCACAGUCAGAACUGCAUAUUUUGUCCUCAAAACAUCAGAUCCUAAAUGAGGCUGUCACAAUGUCAGAUUUUUCACAAUAACAAUAUUAUUGCAAUAUCUAUCAAAAUGAAAAAAGAAAACAAAGCAAUAACGACGAAUCUCAUCCUCCUUCAACUUUGUGCACUGUGUAUUUUGUGUUUUUGUGUAUUUUUGGGCAAUACACAAAGUAUGAGUCUAAGGCUGUGGAAGAUGUCUGCAAACAUAACUAUACUAAAUUGAGGAAAAAGAUAUUAAAGUGUAAUUUAUGACCAGACAAAUAAUAUUGUUUUACUGUCCAAUAGUGGCUAAUUUAUAUAUUUAUAUUCAUACAUAGGAACUCUCACUUGACAAUAGGAGAGAGUCAUAUACAGUAAUGGUUAUAUGUCUGCAUUUAACACAUGUAAAAAAAAUACUUUAUUGAUAUUAACAGAAUUCAGUGACUUCACUUAAUGUCUUGGUUAAAUUAAGAUGUACUGAGCAGUAAUUGUAAGCUUGUGAGCUACAUUUACUGCAAAAGUGACUUUUCCUAGUUACUGUGCUGUGUUUUUAUUUUUUGGUUUGUUUGGGUUUUUUUGUCUGGCACCUUUCUACUGGAUACUGAUAGAAGAAGGAAGUCAAAUGAAGAGAUGAAGGACCCACAGGAAGAGCUUAUACAGCAUCAACAAUGGAUAAUUGUAUUGUACAUUAAUGUUUGCUGGUGUGACCACAACAGAAGUGUUUUAUUUCUUGAAAGAUGUUUAAUGGCAUCACAAAAUUUGCUAGAUUUGUUAAAUGAAUGAACUUCAUAGUGUGGUGUUGUUGACAAGCAUUUUCUGGAAUUAGUAGCUGUGUUUUCAAGUGUAGCUUAAGGGUAGGUGUUAAACCCCUGAAACUGUGUCUGGGAGUAAUGCCACAAUCUCACAAUCUGAAGUCCAAUAAUACUUUUGUGGAUGUGAAAACCUCCAUGAAUGGCAUUCAGUAUGUUUCUAUGUGUCCAUGUGUCAAAAUGUCAAAAAUGUCCUUUUCCGUGAAGUAUACAAAUCAUUCAAAUGAAAAUGUUUGCACACACGCACUUACACAGACUAGUGAAGAACUGAUUAGAGUUUCCCUAAUCCUGCUCACUUUGAAAUGUUCUGUGCUUUGAAAUGUUCUGUGCAUAACUCACUCAUGUAACAAUGACUGCUGUGUUCACUGAAAGUUGAAGUGCAAAGUUGGUCAGUUGGCUGGUAGCAAGUUUCAUUCAGUCUAUUGUUUUUUUUUUUAAUAAUGUCAGCUGUCAUUUUUAUCGUCACCGAUACCUGAGUAUAAAUUAUAAAUGUGUGAUUACAAAAAAGUACAGCAACUCUGCCCAUAAUAAGCAAAAUCUAUCCCAACUUAAAUCUCACUUAUCUCCUUGUGCAGCUCUGGACCACACCCAGCAGCGCUGUCAUUUUCGUUUGCUUCCUAUACGUCCACUUUGUACUUGCACUCUGCAUCUGUGAUUUCACCAUAGACCCCAGAGUAAUAUAUUCAGUGACUGCUAGAGAACUGUGGUGCGUGCCGCAAUGACACAGUCUUCACUCACCACCCAUCCUGUUUGCCAUAUUUGGCUCCUUGCGACAUUGUUCCUUUGACACAACGGAGGGGAUCCAGCUAACAUCACAAAUGCAGAAUGCAAUUUGUCAAAAUGGGACUUUACAGGAAUGUACUAAAAAUAGCAACCUCUACACUCGUGUUUUAUGUGCAGAGUUGCAGAACUUAAGUUAUAUGCAAAGUUACUGUCUGUACAUAUCUAUGAGACAGACUGGUUUUUUUGUAGCUUGUUGUAGAUGUCAUUACAGUUUAAAUGUGUGAACCUCAUUCUGACACUGUUAACCUGCAGUUUACAGGUAAUAGCAAUCCUUGAUUAUUUUCCUAUUCUACAUAAUAUUAACAGAAUUAAUAACCUGGAUUACAAAAGUCCCUAUUAUUGACAUUCAGAAUAUGACUUUACAACUAAGACUGGUUUAUAUCAGUUAAGCACUUUUAUAAAUUAAUCAGUUUGUUUAUAACGUUUUACUGUGCAUACUAUUUCACAAACUCUGUGGACCUGAUAUUAAUGGC